CGCCGUCAAUUUUUAACGACUCUGGUAUCUAGAAAAGAGACGCGAUUUUCGCAAUUUUUGGUUAAUUUUACCGGAAAAAAGUGCUUGAAAAAUAAAACAUUUAUAAAAAUGGGCGAACAAAUGGAAGUUGAUACAACAAAAGAAAACGGAAACACUGAAGUGGAACUUACCGAGACUGAAAAUGAAUUGUACGAUCGUCAAAUUCGUUUAUGGGGCUUGGAAUCGCAAAAGCGUUUACGUACAGCCAAAGUAUUAAUAUCUGGUUUAGGCGGCAUUGGGGCAGAAGCCACCAAAAACAUAAUAUUGUCCGGAGUACAUUCCGUAAAGUUAAAUGACGAUAAAAUUGUAACCGAAGAGGAUUUCUGUUCACAAUUCUUGGCACCGCGUUCAUCGCUGGGUGCAAAUCGUGCCGAGGCUUCCAUUGAGAGAGCAAAAGCUCUUAAUCCAAUGGUGGAAAUAUCUGCCGAUACAGAACCAUUGAAUAAGAAAGAUGAGACAUAUUUUGAGGCAUUUGAUGUGGUUGUAGUAAUAGGUGCAACCAAUGAGGAACUAGUGCGUAUAGAUAAUAUAUGCCGGAAAAAGGGUAUUAAGUUCUUUGCCGGUGAUGUGUGGGGUACUUUCGGAUUUUGUUUUGCUGAUUUGCAGCAACAUCAAUUUGUUGAAGAUACAGUCAAACACAAGGUGAUUUCAAAACCUCAUGAAAAAACCAAAACUGAACUUGUUACCACUACCGUACAGCGUGAAUUAAAUUUCCCGGCUUUUGAAGAGACUCUCAAAUUUGACAUAAAUUGUGCAACAUUCCAAAGGAAAUUGAAACGUACUGGACCAGGCUUUAUUUUGUUGCGCAUUUUGCAGAAAUUCCGUGAAACUCACAAGCGUGACCCCUGUUACAAAUCGAGAGAGGAAGACAAAAAGGAAUUGGAAAAUAUUCGUAAUGAAAUUACUACGGAUGUCGUUGUACCCAACGAAUACUUUGAACAUGUUUUCAGCCAAAUUUCACCCGCAGCAGCUGUUGUUGGCGGAGUGUUGUCUCAAGAGAUUAUUAAGGUCGUGACUAAAAAAGAGGCGCCAAAUUGCAAUGUAUUUCUUUUUGAUCCGGAGACUUGCUGCGGUUUUAUAGAGACAAUUGGUGCAACAAACUAAUGUAUUACAAUUAAUUUGAAUAUUUUUUAUACCUUUUAAAAACCUAACAAUUUACUAUAUAAAAGCAAGGAAUAGAAACUAAUGAUUUCUUUGAAAUAAAAAAUGUAUAUUUUUUGAAAAAACACACAUAAACCA